UCACCGUCGACUCUCUUUUAGCUUUUCCUGUCUUUACUAAUACCCAAAGACGCAGUGUUUCUUUUUCUUUUUUUGUUUGUUUGUUUUAUUUUCUUGAUAUGAUCAUAAUGCAAUGCGCCUAUCUUUGAACUCCAUCUUUUUGUUUUCAGUUGCACAAGUUUCUGAUAAGAUUUUAGGGUCUUAUAACCCGUUUAUGUACAAUAUCUUCGAUUUCAAGCUUCUUUUCUGUCAGUUAUUUGCUUUUCUUGGCAAUAUUAUAUAAUCCGUGUACGUGUGCUCUCCAGCGAGCGCGCGUGUUUGUGUUUAUUAAUGUUGAUAUUUUCUUUCUUAUUUAUUUUCGAUUCUAGGGUUUAUUCGUCGAUAUUGUUGCCAUCUCUUUUUUCUUUUUCAGUGAGUGUUGAAAAUAGGAGUACUGAUAUGAUGUUUAAAAUAUGUUUGAAUAUUUAUUUUGCUGGUCAUUUUAAUUGAAUCUUUAUAUUACUCCUGAGUUCUUGCCUUUUGAAUGGGAGAAUUGAAAGAAAAAGGCGAUUGAGCUUAUUGUUGUAGAGAGGUUAAACAUGUGUGACUACUAACGUACUGUAUGUAUUUAUAUUAUGUGUUUGAUGUUAAUCAGGUGUUAAUUAUUUAGGAAUUCAUUUUGUAGUAAACUAUUUGCAAGUUCAAUUCAUUUUUUAAUUUCUAAGUUGAAAGAAUUGAAGACCGGAAAGCAGCAACAAUGAGCUUUCCAGCACAAGUAUCAAUCAAACUGACUUCAGUUAAAUUGAUUUCUUGGAGUUUUAGACUUCCCAAAUGCACUCUUUUGUACUUAUCCCAUUGGUGGGAGCUGGGAGGAAAACGCAUACAUACAUAGUUGAUAAAGGUGAACAUAUGCCUUCAAAUUUUGUAAACAGCACAUCUUAUGCUAGAAAUUUGGAGAAGAGCCAACUUGGUGGUGUCAUUUUUGGUUGCAAGAAGAAUACGAUGAGUGAAUGUCUCUCUGAACAAAUCUUUGGCCUGCCAGCUCCACACUUUUCAUAUGUAAAAAAUAUUGAUCCUGGCUUGCCAUUGUUCCUUUUCAACUAUGAGAACAAGAAACUCUAUGGAAUCUUUGAGGCUGCUGGUGCUGGCCAAAUGAAUAUUAACCCAUAUGGUUGGACAACUGAUGGUUCACGUAGAACUCAAUAUCCUGCGCAGGUUCAAAUUCGUGUCCGUUUGCAAUGCCAUCCACUGUCUGAAGAAAAGUUUAAACCAAUAAUUGCAGACAACUACUACAGAUAUCACCAUUUCUGGUUUGAGCUUGACCAUGCACAAACCAGCAAGCUAAUGUCAUUAUUUGCAUCUUCACCAGUUGCUCCUGGUACUUCUGCACCUGAGAAUACAGCAAAGUGGAGAACUAUUUACCAACCUAUUUCAUUGUCUGAAAGAAGAGAUGAAGGGUAUAAACCACUUGCUUCUGAGGUUGAAAAUCAUACAAGUUGCAGCUUAAAUUUUAUGAAUGAUGCUUCUUCUUUAGAUGGAAAAGACAAGCUGCUAGAAAAUCAGUUGAACACAAACAUAGUGGAACAAGUUGAGAAGGACCUUACGUUGCAGCAACUUCAGGGAUUGGCUCCUAACCAUGAACAUAAAGGUUCGUCUUUGAGGGAUUGCGUACAAGGUUCUACUGCUAUAAAUGAUAUGGGCGUGGAGGAAAAUGGCUCUGCAGAGGAACAAAUGGGCUUAGGAGAAAAGAAUGAAAAGCCUUAUUGUGCCUCAUUCGAUUGUCAGUCCAUUAUAGCUCAGUUGGUCCAAGGGAUAGAGGAGCUUAAGGCUUUUAAAACAGAACAAACUGUAAAGGCUUAUCAUAUGGAGCAGAAGCUGGUUGAGGCUGAAGAACAAAUUCAACAGUUGAAAAAUCGCUGUAUGAUGUUGGAGUCUAUGUCUAAUCUUUCCUUCACAGAAAUUAGUGAUACAGCAAGUGAUUCUUUUGAGAAGUUGAAUCUUGAUCCUACUAAGUCCAUUUAUCUAGUAGGGGGAUAUGAUGGCGAAUCUUGGUUAUCAGCUUUAGAUUUAUAUUUCCCUUUGCAAGAUGUUUCAAAGUCUUUGAGGCCAAUGAGCACUAUUCGUUCAUAUACUUCGCUUACACAAUUUAAUGAUGAGAUCUAUGUUAUUGGUGGUGGCAUUGGUGAUUCAUGGUACGCCACAGUUGAAUCAUAUAAUCCAGCUAAUGAUCAGUGGGCCUUGCGCCCUGCCUUGACUCGGAAAAAAGGGAGUUUAGGUGGUGCCACUUUGAAUGACAAAAUAUUUGUGAUUGGUGGUGGUAAUGGGCUUGAAUGCUUUUCAGAUGUUGAAAUGCUUGAUUUAGAUGUUGGACGAUGGAUCCCUACUAGAUCUAUGCUACAAAAGAGAUUUGCUCUUGCUGCCGUGGAACUUAAUGGUGUACUUUAUGCUACUGGUGGAUAUGAUGGGAGUAAUUAUUUGAGGUCAGCUGAAAGAUUUGACCCUAGAGAACAUUGCUGGAGCAGAAUUCCAAACAUGAACACAAAGAGGGGCUGCCACUCAUUGGUUGUCUUGAAUGAAAAAUUGUAUGCCCUAGGUGGCUUCGAUGGAAAUACAAUGGUUUCGAGUACUGAAAUAUUUGAUCCACGUCUCAGCAUGUGGAUGGAUGGGGAGGCAAUGAACACCUCUAGAGGGUAUUCUGCUGCUGCCGUUGUUGACGAAUCUAUAUAUGUAAUUGGCGGGGUCAAAGAUGGUGAAAUCAUUGUAGACACUGUUGAACAUUUCAAGAUGGGAGAGGGAUGGCAAGAAUCAAGGACCACCAGGAAAAGAUGCUUCUUAUCAGCUAUUGUUUUGCAGUGAUGAAAUUGUAAAUUUUUGAGGAUAUGCAACUUCAUUUGAUUUGCAUCGGAAGGAGGUUCAUCCCCAGCCUUUGUUUUUGUGUGGUUAUGGGAUGCAAGCAAACAUGCUGCUAGGGUUUUGGUCUUGGAUGUGAAAACCUGUAACUCAAUCUUAUUAUCCAUGUUUGCAGUCAAGUUGCUGUGCUGUACAUAAUAAAAUGGAUCUCCCCUUGCACUUUUAGCAUUAAAGCAAACAUUCGGUUCA